AUGGCUAGCACUAAAGAAGUCCAGGAGCUUCUAAAGUAUAUCAACAGUUUCCCCUCUCCAUUUCAUGUGUUUGCUACGACACGCGAACUCUUCACCGCUGCAGGUUUUCUGGAGCUCAGAGAGAAUGAAUUUUGGUCCACGAUUUGUAAAACUGGAGGCAAAUAUUUUCUCACGCGCAAUGGUUCUACGAUCGUCGCGUUUGCUGUCGGGAAGAAGUGGAAGCCAGGGAACCCAUUUUCUAUUAUCGCCGCACAUACCGAUUUCCCCUGCGUGAGGGUGAAGCCUGUCAGCCUAAAGCAGGACGCAGGAUACCUCCAGGUGGGUGUGGAGCCUGAUGGCUUUGCCUUAUGGCACACGUUCCUGCGUAUUCCAACACUCGCCAUACAUAGGGAUCCAAUGGCUGAAACCUUCUCUUUCAAUAACGAGACUCAGUUGUUACUUAUCACCGGAUUGGUAGUAGCUGAAUUAAAUGAGCAGCAGAUCAGUACGUUGGACGGCAAAGGAAAUAGCGAUAGGAACCUAUUCAAUCCAUUCAAGAGUAUCACUAAGCGACAACAACCCUAUCUCAUCCAGCUGAUAGCGAAGAGCCUUCAGGUGGAUCCUGAUGAUAUAGUCGACUUUGAGCUCCUUCUGUACGACACGCAAAAAGCUUCCGGAGAGCAAGCAUUGGACAAGGAGAGCUCUAUCCGUUUAGUCUCUCUUUUCGACAAUGAGGAAGUAGGAAAUCAGACGGCCCAAGGGGCGGAAUUCAAUAUCCUGCCCUCACACUCCGUCGUUUAUCAAUCAUUCCCACUAGUCUGGCUCCUGAGGAGCUGGAAACUGGCACACAGCUUACGAGCAAUCCUUAUCAAUAUCCUUUCUGCUCUCAGCAGAUGGCACACGCCGUGCACCCGAAUUACAGCGGCAAGCAUGAGUAAGACAAUCAGUCCCGGAUAA